AUGGCCUCCUCCGCCGGCACGGUCUGCAAGCACCACGGAGCAUCGUCGGCGUCGACCCUCCGGCGGCUCCGCGUCUGCGUUGUCGUCUCCGUCGCGGCGCUCCUCCUCUUCACAGCCGUCGCCGCCACGGUGCUGGCUUUCGCCGCGGCCCGCCCGCGCCCCGCCGACGCCGCGGUCACCGCGCUCCGCCUCGCCUCGCUGUCCGUCUCGCCCGGAGGAUCGCUCAACGCCACCCUCGACGCCGUCCUCGCCGUCCGCAACCCGAGCCCCGUCGCCGCGUUCGCGCACGCCGCCGGCCGCGCCGAGGUCUACUACCGCGGCGCGCUCGCCGCGGACGCCGACGUGCCGCCCGGGCGCGUCGCCGCGCGCGGCGAGGAGGCGCUGUCCGUCCGGCUCACCGUCCGCGCCGACCGCCUCGCCGGGCGCGCGGCCGAGCUGUUCGGCGACGUGGCCGGCGCCGGGGACGUGGCGCUCACCGUGCGCACGACCAUGCUGGGCACGGUCACCGUCCUCGGCGUGCUCAGGCACAGCGUGGUGGUGAUCACGGCGUGCACCGGCCGGGCAUGA